GUGUGUGUGUGUGUGUGUUCACUAAACGUUCUGCUAGCUUCACGAACCACCACGCAAAUUCUGUAGCCAACUGUCGCUUAAUUAUUUUUUACAAACCUCUGAGGUGCAGCAAUUUCAGCAGCCAAGAUGUUCAACAGAAUGACAAGUUUAUGGAUGGGUGAUUUAGACCCAUACAUGGAUGAAAACUUCAUUAAGCAAGCUUUCAGCACUAUGGGAGAGACUGCAUAUGGUGUCAAAAUAAUUACACAUCGAGUUACGGGAGGCUCGGCUGGAUACUGUUUUGUGGAGAUGGCAGAUGAGGCCAGUGUUGACCGUUGUGUGCAGAGGCUUAAUGGGAAGCUGGUUCCAGGAUCGAAUCCGCCCAGGAAGUUCAAGCUAAACUACGCAACAUAUGGGAAAAGGCCAGAGCCUGGCCCAGAAUUUUCUGUCUUUGUUGGAGAUCUCACGUCAGAUGUGGAAGACUACCAGCUUCAUCAGUUCUUUCUGAAAAAAUUCCCUUCAUGCAAAGGAGCCAAAGUUGUCACUGAUCCUUAUGGGAACUCCAGGGGUUAUGGCUUUGUGAAGUUUAGCGACGAGAACGAACAGAAGAAAGCCCUUGAGGAGUUUCAGAACGCAUCAGGCCUGGGAGGAAAACCCAUCAGGAUAAGCAUUGCCGUCAACAAAGGCAAUAAGCCAAGCAGUUACCACAACCAGAAUAACAGCUACAACACCAACUAUCAACAGCAGUACUAUCAACAGCCCUACAACAAUUACUAUCCUCAGUGGGGUUAUGAUCAGUAUAGCAGUUAUAACUACGGCUAUAACCCAUAUGCAACCCCCCCUCCAGGUCCACAUGGAAUGAUGGGACCACCCCCACCCAUGGGGAUGCCCCCCAUGCCCCCUGACAUGCAGGGAUCCACAGAGCAGUCACAUGAUGGCACUGAGGAUGUUGAGGACCCAGCUGAAGACCCAAACCCACAGGUGGAUGUGGAUACAUUAAAUAGGCAAUACAUGGAGUGCAGUGAGGAGCUGUACGAUUCGCUCAUGGAUUGCCACUGGCAGCCACUGGACUGUGUCACAUCUGAAAUUCCUAUGAUGAACGGUUCCUGACUGUCUGAACCAACCACCGUCCAGGAUUAUUAUACUUUGUGAAGGAACAUGCCUUUUUAUAAUGAUCUGAGCAAGUUUUUCAGAGAAUGUUUUUUCUCCUUUUCAGCCUUUUAUUUGGAGCUUCAUUCGAACAGGAAAAAUGCUUUCUUCGUGUGUGUCCAUCACCUUUUUUCUUUUUUUCAAAGUUAGGUAGUUAUGGUUUUGUUGAACAGGUUUUUUAAAGAUGGAUGGAAAGAUUCUUCUUCAGUACUAAUGUCAUUUUUAAUCAGGAGUUAUUCCUACUCUUGCCUUAUUAAACUUUUCCAUUAGAAAUUUGAAGCAUGCUUUGUGUAUCCAAAUAAGCGUCUCUUAUAUACACCCCUUUUUUGUCUGUUGUGAGGCCACUGAUGGUUUUUCAUUUGUGAAAGCUUUGUUCAAAAGAUGGUUCUUGUUUAGAGAUGUUUGAAAAAUGAGACAACUGCAUAAAAAUGUAUACCACACCACACUGACCCAGGAUUAUAUUCUGUCUUUAAAUUACAUAUGCAUUUGGGCAUAAAUGAAUCACAAGUUUCUUAUUUAAGGCUGAGCUUUCCAGAAAUUCUGUGAGUAUUUUUGUAAUA